AUGCACCGUAGAGAUCCUUGUAGGUCGCCCACCGACAACGCCUCUCAGGCAGGUCGUAGGCCGCACGGGCUGGCAAAUCCACCGAUCAACCUCUCCACAUCGCCAUGUAGCGACGCCUCGGACCCCCUCACAACUACGGCGGAGGCCCACGUGACUGGCCGGUGGGCGGAGGAGUGGAAGGGCACAGGAGUGGGUGUUGGCGGCGUGGGCGGCCGACAGCGGUUUGCGAGAGUGAGCACAACGGGCGUAACGUCGGAGCGUAUGGCCGCGUAA